AUGUCGGCCCUUGCUCGAACUCUCGCACCUGGCUGGAACAACCCCAAAGGCACAAUAACUUCGACGACUUAUACAACCACGACGUAUUGUCCUAUUACAUCAGCCGAGACCAAAUUAGCGACUGCCGUGAUCUUCACGGCCUGGAUUACUUCAAUAGUCACGCUAACAAGUUGUGUUGGCGACCACGCAGGUCCAGGGGGGUUCCUGACCGUAACUGGUCCGACCGGCCUUCCUACUUCCACAACUAAAGUUUUUGUCACUUAUACAACCACUUUCUCGGUUACGGAGACUCUAACGGUAUCUGGAAGCAUUUCUCCAAGCAUAUACACGACUAUCUCUGUGGUUGAGACUGCUGUCCCAACCACAUAUCAUGCUGCUGUUGCAAUUCCUCAAUGCACUUCUGUUGAAAGCGAAGCGUGUGAGACGUACACUACGAUCUCUCCCGUCACCCAAGCGAUGGGAAUUAUUGGGCAGGUGAUUACUGGCACCGACACGUACACCACUACCUCGAUUGUUAGCUCCCACAUCCCAUCCAGGAUCCAAGAAUAUACCCUUACCAGAAUGACUACUUGCAUUGAAUUGUCCUAUGAAACUUCUAGCUUGCGACAUUCUAUCACGGAUAUCGAGGCUUUCUAUAUAACUCUUGGCUCACGAUCAACAAUUACCAUUCGGGAAAUCCUGACUAGUACCAUCCAAAUUACAUCUUGGAAUGCUAGUGUACCUACCUCGGAACUUCCGACGACCGAAGCAACUAUCUAUGUCUCACCUACUCUCUCUACAACUUUACCAGAGACGGAGGUGAUUACGGUUCCGUCUGAUAUAACCAUGAAAAGCAGAGAAGGGGAAAUCUACACCUCCAUGGCCGCGCCCAUGAUAUCAACAUUCACAGGGCCUCCCUCAACACCCACGACAAUCAUCCCUUUUAUCCAAAAUUCAACGAUCAUGCCUUCUCUAUCAAACUCAACAACAUCCGCUCAUCUACAAGUGUCUUAUAACACCACAGCAACAACGAAGGUGCCAACUACUAGAGCUACGGCUCUCCUGGGAUCUGCGUAG